GGCUGGCUAGUUGCUGGAAUGGCAUCUUGUGAGGGUUCGUUUCUUCUUUCUUUAGAUAUAAGUCACCUGCAGCUGGUCAGAGAUGCUUUGAAAAGUGGGAAGUUCUCUGAUGCUGAUUGGUUAAAUUUGGGAUUGAAACUGGGACUUCAAUAUCCUGACCUCAAGAGCAUAAAAAAGGAUAAUGACAGCAACUCUGAGCGCUUGAUGGAAUGUUUGAGCCUGUGGUUAAACUCGAGUUCAGUUCGUACUUGGGAAAUGCUGGCCAGUGCUUUAGAGGAGUUGGAUCGAGCUGCUGCUGAACACAUUCGUAAAAAAUAUUGUGAUCCUGCUAGUCAGAUAUUACAGCAUUAUAGCAGUAGAAUAUCAAGCAUAGUUUUUAGUAUCAGUUCUAUUCAGUUGUUGUACACUGAGGGAUUGAUAAUGGAAGAAUCACAAAAGAGAAUUGAAGGAUGUGGCAGCCGACUCACAAGAGAUAUACUAUUGAAUGAAAUACUUAUCAAUGUGGUUGAGGACAACAGGAAAUUGAUAAAGUUGGGUCACAUUAUAAUGAAAUCAAAAGAGGGAGUCUCUAUUGCUAAUGACAUGAUUAAAGAUUGUAAACAAACUUUUGCUCCUGAAUUGAACUCGCCAGAGCCUAGUCCUAGUGCAUCCAGUGCUUCUGCUACUAAGGAAGUGGAGAAAGUGACAAACCCACUAGGAACAGUCAUUUCAGUUGAAUUAUUGCAAGCUGAACAUCAGUAUUCCUUUGAUAAAAUGAGAGGCAACUUUGGAAUAUUUCGUUUUAAAGUUCUUGAACUAGUUGAUGAAAAAAUCUCAUCACUUAACACUUUUAAAACAUUUCUUCAGCAGUGCUAUCCAGAAUUGGAAUCACAGCUUUCUGUUGCUGAUUCUGUACAAAGUGCAAUGAAUGUUGCCUUGACAAAGUGUAAUAUCAUCAAUAUAGCAGCUGUAGAAGAUAUUACUGAAUUCUAUAAGAUAGACGGAGCUGAAGAGUUAAUCACAGAAUACAAAAAAGUCGUCAAGCAAUUUUGUUCAAAAAUCCCUCUCGAUUCAUUACUCAAUAAAAGGCUAUCCACUAACAGCACCCUCACAUGUGAAACCAUUCGAUUUGUACUAGAUUGGAAACCAGAUGAGCAUUCACUCAAUGAUAUUCGUCUUCUGCUUCAAAAAGCAUUUGCUGACUUGGGGAAGAGAGUCAUUGUUCAAGUUAUAUGUCCUGACAACUCCAUCAUUAUCAUCUGCUAUGCUCCUCAACAUUUAAUGAGUGUACUAAUCUUAAGAGUACAAGAGAACCUUCCUAUUCUAAUAAAACAAUUCAGUUUAAUGGAGCUGACCAUUGGACACUGCAUCUGCUAUAAUAGCAAAAAUCACGAGAGUUUAAAAUUAUGUUUUGAAGGAGAUAAUGAAAUGUUUGAUACUGAAAUACAAGAACUGAUUGUUUUUUACAAAGACAGAAAAGAAUCAAUUGCUGAUCAAGAGAAAAGACUAAAAUACUUGAGGAAUAGACAAAAUUCUGAAAUGAGAUUCAAGUUACUUGAUAUAGGAAAAGUAUUUAAAUCAAAACUACAUGAUCUUGAACAAUUAAUUCUCAGACAUAGAUCAGGACAAAAGGAAUUAUUACUGAGAAAUAGAGAUGAGAUUACAUUAUUAGAAAAAAUAAAUCACAAAUUGAUGAGUCAAAUAAAAAAAGCUGACUCAAGCAGUGUACCAUCAAAGAAGGAUCAGUCUACAUCUCCGCUGUCAAAAGUGCUGCCAAUGGCAAAAGAUAUUCUUAUAGUUCGUUUUGAUUAUCAUAGAAUUGAUGAAACUAGUGGCGGUAAUCUCACAAUUAAAGAAGGAGAAAAACUGGAGACCCAUUACCAUUAUCUCUUAACUGGAGCUUCAACUUUUAAUAUAAAAAUUUUACAAUCUGGUCUUGAAGUUGGAUUUUUCUUUCCUCAUAGUCAUCUUCAGUCUAUGUUAGAGACACUUCAGCUAUAUCAGUUUAUAAUGGUGGAGCAAGAAGUGUCUCUUCCUAUUCUCCAGAAAAUAAAGAAUGGUGCUCAUACUGAUGAUGAGAAAAUAUUUCUUUUUUUAGAGUGUCUUGAUAAUGAUCCUAUUUUGUUAAAUGCACUGAGAUAUGACAAGCAUCAUUAUGAAAAAGGGUUUAAGAACAAUACAGCAGAAUAUAAAGAUUAUUAUGCAUUUUUUCACCAUCCAUCUCCAGAUCAAUGUAGAAACUUCAUUAAAAAAUUUAAUAAGACAAUAUUAUCCAUUCACUGGUUAUGUCCUAUCAGUGCAUUAAUUCUACUGCCAUCACUAAUCCAUCAUAAAUCAACACUGAUAAAUCUUGCCAUAAGUUAUUCACCACUACCUAUUGACUGUAUUAAGUACCUGUGUGAAUUACUGACUGAUAAUGAAGCACUGGAGCAUCUAGCUAUUGCUAAUCAUUCCAUUAGUGAUAAAGGAGUUAUUAGUAUCUGUCAAGCUCUUCAACAUAACACUACACUCAAUUCAUUAGAUUUACAUGGUAAUCCACUCAUCACUUCUGCUAGUGCACCAGCUCUUGUACAUCUCAUCUGCACUACCUCAACACUGUCUGUAAUGUAUCUAGAUGGAACACAAUUGUCAUUGGAAUCACUGGAGCUCAUUUUCCAGUCACUACAAGUUAAUAAGAGUAUGAGGACACUUGAAAUAGACAAAAAACACAAAGGAUACUGUACUAAAAAUUAUAAUUAUCUUCUACCAGUGCUGAAAUUUUAUUAGCCUGUUAAUUUCAAAUUUUUUGAAACAGUUAAAAUGUGUAAUAUAGACUUAUGAUUUGUAA